CUGACAUGACAUAUUUGACGUUUCAUAAAAUUUAUCAGAAGAUAAGACUUGCAAAAAAAAUUGUUCUUCUCCUUUAACAAAUACAUUUUCUUAUACAAAAUGCAUGGUAGACUAAAAGUACGCACAUCGGCGGAAGAGGCUGCCCGAAAGAAAAAAGAACAAGAACUCAAAGUCAAAGCUUAUCGAGCUGGAAUGGCAAAGAUUCAAUCAAAAAGAUCCAAAAACGAGCUAGACGAAGAAAUGCUAACAAUUUCGGGUCAAAUAUUGGCUAGAAAUCCUGAUGUCUAUACAUUGUGGAAUAUUCGUAAAGAAUGCAUUCUCAAAUUAAGUGAAAAACUAGAUGAAGAGGCUAAGCAGGCUGUAUUCGAUAAAGAUCUUGGUUUCGCCGAACAAUGUCUUCUUGCCAAUCCAAAGUCCUACGGCGCAUGGCAUCAUAGAUGUUGGAUAUUGGAAAAUUGUCCUAAACCAAAUAUGGACCGGGAAGUUGCCUUGUGCAAUAAAUACUUGAAGUUAGAUGAAAGGAAUUUUCACACCUGGGACUAUCGUCGUUUUGUAGUUGGAAAAGCUGGAAUUGAACCUACCAAAGAGCUGGACUUUUGCACUGAAAAGAUUCGCAAUAAUUUCUCAAACUACUCAUCGUGGCACUAUCGUAGCAAUCUCCUACCGAUAAUUCAUCCUCACGAGACGGACCCUCUGAGGCCUAUUUCUGAGGAAAAACUUAAAGAAGAACUCGAAAUGGUACUGACGGCUGCAUUCACUGAUCCGAAUGACAGUAGUGCGUGGUUCUAUCAACGUUGGCUCCUAGGUUACUCACGUCCAGAAUUGGACAUUGCUGCAUUCCGCAUAAACAGAAAGCAAGCUGUGAUUGCUUUUACCAAACCCAUCACUUCCAGUGAUUUCAAAAUUCAAAUAACUCCACCGCUUCAAGUGUUCUCAGAGUGGAAACCAGCGAAUGGUUCCUCAGCUGAUAGCACUUGGUUCAUUGAAGGCGACUUUACAAUCAGUGAAAAAGAAACUUGUAAGCCUGUUCUAUGUACCUUGGAGGGAAAAUAUUGUGCGUUGGAUUUAAAACGUUGUCAUGAUGGAUUCUUUGGUAUAAAAUGUCCCAGAUUCGAGUAUGAAUUUGGUGCUGCAGUUAUUGAUGAGUUGAAAAAUCAACUUGAUUCAUGCGAACAAUUGUUGGAACUUGAACCAGAUAGCAAAUGGACCCUUUUAACAACAGCUUUGCUUAUGAGAGCCAUUGAUCGUAGCAAACUCCAUGAAAAAUCAAUAGAAUACUUAACAAAGCUACAAACUAUUGAUUCGAUGCGAAAGGGAUACUACGAGGAUCUAGCAUCCAAAUGGAACACCGAAAAGUGCCUUGAAGAAUGGCAAACCUCAAAGAAAAUUCCCAACGAAAUUAGUUUAAAAAAUCUUAAUCUAACAUCAAUCUAUUAUGAUCAAUAUUUUAGUAUAGCGGAUGUCAUCGAUUUGAGUGAUAACUGCCUUUCAAAUCGCUCCAUUCCAAAGCUGAGCUCUUUUCGCUUUGCAAAGAAAAUAUCCAUGGAAAGUAAUAAAUUGUCGGCAAUUGAAAACAUUCCGAAUCUUAAGUAUUUAAGUGAAUUAUCUCUGAAAGAUAAUAAAGAUCUGCGAGAACAUGGAGACUCUUCAGUUGAUGCGAUAUGUGGAGAAGGAUUUAAAAUUAAUAUUUAAACAAUUUUGAUAAGAUUUUUCGGUGACUUCACUAUAUACAUACGUACAUAUUUAUAUUAUAUAUACCGAUAUAUUUAUUUGGUUAACAGUUCAAGACUGUUGUAUAUUAAGUAAAUAAAUGGGUUAGCAUAUUUUACACACAUUUCAAAAUAUAAAUAAAAACAAGUUUUGCAAGUUAAAAA